UGCCGUGGAGUCGCAAGAAACUCGGUUUCAAGACCCCAGCAGAGAGGAGAACGAGGCUGGACACUGUGCCAGAUACACCCAGGUAAGCAAUUUGUUGAAUUGCAUGUCCCACACACACACCCAUCCACACACACACAUGCACACAUACCAUACACACACACACCUACACACAUCACACAGGAGACUGGAAACUGAACCAGAUACACCCACUGUUCAGGAGCAGCUGGCCGCGGAUCUGUGGGAGGCUGUAGAGAAUGAUGAUGUCAGCAAAGUGAGGUCCGUUUUGGGACGAGGGGCCAACCCCAAUCACCAGCUCUACUGGAGUGAGGAGUGGAGUGACAAGUAUAUAAUCCCUCCAGUACAUCUAGCAUGCUACCAGGGCUGCCUGGAGAUCACUAGAGCACUCGUUAGUGGUGGAGCUGAUAUUGAGAAAGGUGGUGGAGCAUCGGGCAUGACUGCAUUUCACUGGGCGUGUGGGGAAGGACAUAUGGAGACUGUGGUGUAUUUAUCACAAGAGAUGAAAUGUCAUAUUGAUGUGAGGAACAAGUGGAACUACACACCAUUACACAGCGCUUGUGUGAAUGGAUAUAUACAAGUUGUAAAAUACCUUGUGGAGGUACUCAAGGUUGAUGUUGAUAUGACUGAUGAUCAUGGCAGGACUCCUCUUGACAAGACAGUACUGUUUGGGCGCACUGAAGUUGCUGAUUAUCUCCGAUCUCUACAACCCUCCACUCCUAAACCAGAUACUCUAAAUGGUUCCGAACAACUUCUUCAUUCUAAUUCAAUUGUUGACAAGACCUCAUCAAUGACCUCUGACCCUCUCUCCGGUCAACAGACACCCAGUGCUGGCAAUGAACAACCAGAAACAACUGAUACUCCAAAUGGUUCCAAACAACUUCCAUCCACUUCAAAGGAAGGCCCUAACCUAACCUCAUCAAAAUCAAAGGCCCUCAAUGAAUCAACCAAGUCUGAACAAGCUCUUAAUGAAGCCAUGAAGGCUGGAUUUGUCCGUGUGAACAUUACUAAUCUACUGUUUUUCGGAAUGGCAGGCACUGGUAAAACCUCCACUAAGCAUCUCCUUCUGGGACUUCCUCCUCCUGUAGAUCGAAAUAGCACUCCAUUAGCUAGCACAGCAGAGAGGAUAUGUAUUAGACAAAUUCGUGACACUACAAAGCUGAAAAUGGAAGCUCAAGAAGAUCCCUCUAGAACAUGGAAACCAGUAACUAGUGAUGACCUACAACGCAUUGUUGCUGAUGCUAUUAAAUCUCAUGUAACCAGCUCAGAUCCAGCAUCUGCUAUCCCACAAGAACUCAGCAUUGCUCUGAAGCAACUUGAACCUAGCAAUGAAUCAAGUACGCCAGUUGAUGCAACUCCUUCGACUUCAAGAGCAACUAAACCAUUAGUAGCUGGAGCAAAAAAGAGGCGUCCUAAACAAAAAAGGAAAACGAGUAAAUAUCUUAACACUGUUUCAAAUGUAAUGGCAAAUAUUCAGCAGUUUUCUGAUGCUGAUCGUACUACUGUUCAAGAAAAGUUUGGAUCUAAUUGGAUCUACAUAAUCGAUAGCGGUGGUCAACCUCAUUUUCAUAAUCUUCUGCCACUCUUUAUGCCCAAGAUUUCAGUAGCUUUGUACAUUCUUCGUCUCUCUGACUGCCUAGACGAUCAUCCGCUGGUUGAAUACUACAAGGACAAAAAGCCAGUUGGUGAAGGUUUCAAGUCACAUCUCUCAGUUCUGGAUAACUUCAAGUAUCUUGUGCAGUCAAUUCAAUCUCACAGUGAAAACUGCAAGCUGGUGUGUAUUGGUACUCACAAGGACCAUCAAUCUGAAUGCAAGGAAACAGUAUCCGACAAGAAUAGAACUUUGUUAAACUUUGCUGAGAAUGACGAGUCGACUUUUUUUUUCAACUUGAGGAAAAAAGAUGUCAUAUUUCCUGUGGAUUGCAAGCACUGCGAUUCUGACAGUAAAGAAGUGGCAAAGACAAUUCGUGAAUAUGUUCACAAAGAGCUAAAUAACAUUGAAAUCCUGGUCCCUUUUUGGUGGUUUGUUUUGGAAAUUAUUGUCGAAAAAGUUUCAAACGAUCAAAGCAGAAAAGUUUUGAGCAAAACCGAAUGUGUAGAAAUUGCAAAAACAUUACAUAAUUUUCAUGAAGAUGCACUUUUUGAAGCUUUGAAAUUCUUCCAUGAGCAUCACAUCUUUCACUACUAUCCUGCCAUUCUACCAAAUGUGGUAUUCUGUGAUACUCAAGUGCUUCUCGAUAAAGUAACAGAGCUUGUCGAGUAUGCUGCAUAUCUGCGAGGAAGUAACACUCCAAUACACGGGUCUGGAAAAUGGUUAAAGUUUACCGAUAAAGGAAUUAUUACGAUCGAACUUUUAUCUGAUAAGAAUUUUGAAAAACAUUAUGUCGAUGGACUCUUUGCACCCACUCAUCUCAUUGAAAUAUUCAAGCACUUGCUGAUAGCCACCCCAUUUGGUAUAUUUUCACGAAGGCAAGAUAAGCGUUUCUAUAUGCCGUCACUUCUAUCUUUGCUCCCAUCAACUCAAGUCAAUGACAAACGAGCUGAAUUGCUUAAGACCAGUUUAAUCCCACUCGUUUUACACUUCAAAAGCAACUGGCAGUGCUGUGGAGUGUUUUGCUGUCUCCAAGUGUACUUGAUUAAAGAAUGUGAAUGGGAAAUUGAAAUGUACGCUCACCAGCCGAGUAGAAACUUUGUACAAUUGAUUCAUCAAAAGCGAAACUGUACUAUCACACUAAUUGACGGGUUUUCAAUGCUCGAAAUUCAUUCCAGCAAUAAUCAGACAAAAAUUUUGUCGUUGAUAUUUGAAAAUAUUCACUCUGGUCUACGAUCUGCUUACAAAGUCCUGAAAUACGCGUAUGAGGAUCCUGAAGUUGCAUUUUUGUGUCCCUGCAUUUCGCGAUCCAUCUCUAGUCCAAGUCCCCAAGUGCCCCACCACCCAGCUCGUGUUCUGGCUGAGGAUGAUGUUAUGAGGUGUACUCUAUGCAAGAAGACGUAUGAGCUAGAAGACGGUCACAAAGAUUGGCUCUCUGCUUGUAAACUAGAAGAUCCUCUAGCCUCAGGACAGCGCAAAAGGUCAUUGCCAUCAGACGAACAAGUUGAAACUCUGCCAAAGCGUCCAAAGAAUGAUGUCAUUGUACAAGUACGUACAGAUCCUCUAGCCUCAGGCCAGCGUAAAAGGUCAUUGCCAUCAGAUGUAGAAGUUGAAUCUCUGUCGAAGCGUCCAAAGAAUGAUGUCACUGUACAAGGAUCAUCAUCAGAGAAGGAUACUAGCAAUGGAGGAAGUACACACCAGUCGAUUGUUCUGACUGGAGAUGAUAUUCAAGCAAUUCGCGAGAGUCUCAAGAAUGCAAGCAAAGAUUGGUUUGAUUUAGGAUUGGCUUUCGGAGUGAAGAUUAACGUUUUGGAAAACAUUGAAGAUGAUUACCGUCAUAACGAUCGCCGCCUAAUGAAGGUGGUAGCCAAGCGUCUUGAAGUCACUGAUCCAGAACAUCCGAUGACAUGGCCUUACAUAUGUGAAUGUCUAAGGAGGCCUACUGUUGCACGUAACGAUGUAGCCGAGGAAAUUGAAGACAAGUAUGUGAGGACAGCAACUGCAGUUGCUCAUAGUGCCACCAAUUGAUCAUGAGAACCUGACAAGGUAUGGAAUUCACUUGAAUUAAGGGGACAAAUAAACAUUGCAAGUAAAGAACUGACUCUGAAACUGACUCUGUAUAUUAUUAUACUGACACAAUGUUGUCUAUAUACCCUUUAAUUAUAAAAUAAUGUGACAUGAAUUAUUUUAUUUGAGUUCAA